GUGUGUGUGUGUGAGUGUGUGUGUGUUUUAUAGCUGCUCGAGAAACUUGGGUGACAGCCUUCUCUUUACCCGCCCAUUCGGGGAGAGAUUAAAGCCACUGAGAUUGGUUGUCCCAUUCUUACUUAUUGAAAACUACAUCUUCACUGCCACUGAAGCCUCGGGUUACAGACAGGACACAGGAAAGGAUUCUCUGAGAAGAAUAUUCUAUUUGGUGCCACUCAGGUGUCACCAUGUCUUCGGACUGCUUUGAGACCACCAAUGACUACUAUCUCCUCUGUAACACCGAAGAAGCAUGGGGCAUUGUUCUAGAGUCACUGGCAGCCAUAGGGAUUGUGGUAACAAUUCUGCUCCUCCUGUCACUUCUCUUGCUCAUGCACAGAGUUCAAGAUUGCAAUCGAUGGAGUAUCCUUCCCACCCAGUUUGUCUUCCUCCUGGGUGUGCUGGGUCUCUUCAGUCUCACCUUUGCCUUCAUCAUCAGACUCAAUCUACAGACUGGCCCUGUGCGCUACUUUCUCUUCGGUGUCCUCUUUGCUCUCUGUUACUCCUGCCUCCUGGCCCAUGCUUCUAAUCUGGUGAAGCUUGUCCGGGGGAGAGGCUGUUUCUCAUGGCCAACAUUACUGGGCAUUGCUAUUGGUGUCAGUCUGUUACAGAUCAUCAUUGCCAUCGAGUACGUCACCCUCGUGAUGAACCGAGGUCCAAUGUUUAUAUAUAUGACCCCAAAUCAACUCAACGUAGACUUUGUUGUGCUUUUGACCUAUGUUCUUUUCCUGAUGGCCCUAACCUUCUUUGUAUCCAAGACCAUCUUCUGUGGCCCCUGUGAAGCUUGGAGGUGUCAUGGUACAUAUAUAUUCAUCACUAUGGUCUUCUCAAUUAUUAUCUGGGUAGUAUGGAUUACCAUGCUCUUAAGAGGUAACCCCCAACUACAACAGCAGCCCAGAUGGGAUGAUCCUGUCAUCUGUAUUGCCCUGGUCACCAAUGCCUGGGUCUUCUUGCUGACAUACAUCGUCCCUGAGUUCUAUGAUCUCUACCGUUCAUGUCAGCAGGAUAGGGUCUUCCAAGCUCCAACCUUCCAGCAGAGCUUCAAACUGGAGACCCAAGAUGUUUCUCGAGCCCGAGACAGUGAUGGAGCUGAGGAAGAUAUAGCACUAACAUCAUGUGGUACCCCUAUUCAACUACAGACUGUUGAUCCAGAUCAAGAGUACUUCAUUCCACGAGUCAAGGUCAACCUUCACCAGGAUGCAGGAUUAUAAAGGCAACAAGAAGUAGCAAUGAGAAUUUGGAAAGAAAGACAGAACCUACCUAAGCAUACAAUUAAUGGGUUGCAAUACAGAUGUCAGCAUUAUAAUUGAAUUUCUAGAAAUCAUCAUGCAAACAAAGCACCUGCCUCUCCUUGCUUCUUUCCUGAUCUAUAAGGAGCCCUUCUAACAGCUCUUCAUCCAAAAAACCAUCUACUUUAUUAAAGAAAAUUACACUUU